AUGAUCGCACUGGGUCUCGAAGGCAGUGCUAACAAGCUCGGUGUGGGCAUCAUCUCGCAUCCCGCCCCGGGCAAGGAGCCCAUUGUGCUGGCGAACCUGCGCCACACCUACAACUCGCCGCCGGGCGAAGGCUUCCUGCCCAAAGAUGUCGCCAAACACCACCGCGCCUGGGUGGUGCGCCUGGUCAAGCAGGCCAUGCGCCAGGCCGGCGUGACGGUUGACGACCUGGACUGCAUCUGCUACACCAAGGGCCCCGGCAUGGGCGCCCCGCUACAGAGCGUCGCCGUCGCCGCGCGCACGCUGUCGCUCAUGUGGGGGAAGGAGUUGGUUGGCGUCAACCACUGUGUAGGACACAUUGAGAUGGGCCGCGCCAUCACCGGCGCCGAGAACCCGGUCGUUCUAUAUGUCUCGGGCGGCAACACGCAGGUCAUCGCCUACGCCGCCCAGCGCUACCGCAUCUUCGGUGAGACGCUGGACAUUGCAAUCGGCAACUGCCUCGACCGCUUCGCCCGCACCCUGCGCAUCCCCAACGACCCAGCCCCCGGCUACAACAUCGAGCAGCUCGCCAAAAAGGGCAAGCAUCUCGUCGAGCUGCCCUACGCCGUCAAGGGAAUGGAUGUCAGUUUCUCUGGUGUGAAGGCAUCCGUUGAUGAGCUGGCCGCCAAGAUCGACGACAGCCUGCCCGAAGACCAGAGGCUACGCAGCGAAGAAGAUGGCGAGCUGAUCACGGCGGCGGAUCUGUGCUUCUCCUUACAGGAGACUAUUUUUGCCAUGCUGGUCGAGAUCACGGAGCGGGCAAUGGCCCAUGUGGGCUCUGCGCAGGUUUUAAUUGUCGGAGGCGUAGGUUGCAAUGAGAGGUUGCAGGAGAUGAUGGGACUCAUGGCGAGAGAUCGUGGCGGCAGCGUAUAUGCCACGGACGAGCGCUUCUGCAUCGACAACGGUAUCAUGAUUGCCCAGGCUGGCUUGCUGGCGUAUGAGUCGGGCGUGAAGAUGCCCUUCAAGGACACCACGUGCACCCAAAGAUUCAGAACAGACGAAGUCUUCGUCAAGUGGCGUGAUUGA